CGGGAGAUGCCAGUGCGCGGUGUGCCUGGCUGGCGGAGAGGGUCGGUGGAGGUGGGGUGCGCGGAGGGGGCUGUAGAGCGCGUCACUGUACGGUAGGCGCAGGGUCUGGGCGCCUCUGCCGACCGAGUCUUGUCUCCUGAAUUGGGGAGCGCGAAGAUGGAUGAUUUGAGGCGCGCACUGUGCGGAGGGUGGAAAACCUGGUCCCUUGCCUCCCCAUCAGAGAAACUAAGGAUCCGUGACCCGCGUAAAACCAGGUCCUCUUGAUGCCCCUGCGAGGAUGGGAAGGGGGGACGCGUCGUUUCGGACUUGGUGUCACGGCUGCACCUCUGUCCUUGGGCUUGCACCGCCCAAGGGGUUGGCCCCGGCACAGUGUCGGGGAAUGGGGUCCUUCAGAAACAUCAGUCCCAGAGCCAUCUCCUUCCCGCACCCCACUCUGUCCGGGGCUUUGUUAGACCUAGGUCUCCCGAGGAGGAGAGACGAGCUGGCGACUGCCUCCGAGCCUGCCGACCCGGGUCGGCGCUGGCCCCGGACCCGCCCUCGUCGGUUCCCAGCCUCUGACCCUGUUUCCCUGGCCUCGGAGACCCGCCUCUGCUCCCCCACCCCCGCUUCCAUCCCUGCUUGGUCUGCGCUUGCAGGCCCCUCCAGCCCCUCCUCCCGCUAACGUGGCUCUGGGACCCGGUCCCGGCCCAGACUCUGCUACCCGCCCCUCUCGGAGCCUCGGAUCCAGUGAGGGGGAGACACGUCGAGCCCCUGGCCCCGGGCCCACCGAUGCGAGGCGAUGGACACCUGGGUUAUCCUCGUGGGGGGCUGGGUGGGAGGGAGGGUAGGUGUGAGCUGGGGGCUGAGAGCUGAGGGUGGGAAAAUGUCUUGGAGGUGCGAACGCGUCUGUCCCGCGAGGCUCCUCGGCGCGCCCCCCGCUCCCUCAGAGGAAGGUGGACUGGGGCGGGCGGCCAGCCGGAGGGCUUCCUGCUAUUGUCCCCAGCCCGGUCUCCCCUUCUCCAUCUCGUCCCCAGCCCCCGCUAGACUCUGGCUUUGACCUCGGCCACUCCCCAGAGGUGGCUUCGGGGCCAGGAGAGGAGAGAAAGGCUGUUUCCUCUUUCCAGCAAGGGAAGAGGAGGGGGAGAAAGGACGGCCAGGCCUCCCCCAUUUGCCUCAGAUGGGGGUAUGGAGCAGCUGGGAUUGGUCCCAGCAGGAUAAGCCUGUCCCCAGGCUGCUCAGAUGCUGCUCCCCCAAAACAGCCAAGGAAAGCCCUCUUAAAGCUAUAUCAUGGUUAAGUCUAGGGGCCCAUGCAAAGGCCAACCAAGUGUUUUUAGAGGCUGGACCUGGGUGGGGGGUGGGGUGGAAGGAGAUUGGGUGAGAGGGAGGCAUGGCCUGCUCGCUCAGGAAGAAGGAAGGGGAUGGGGAUGCCUGAUAUCAACAUUUUGCCUAGAAAUGAAGAGCAUGUAAAUGAGAUGCAAAUUAGCCUCUAUUGUCCCCAGCUAGGGCGCUUUUGCUAAGAAGGCUGCUGGAUUCUGAGGGUUUUAGCGUGGGAGUGGUCAUCGUGCCCGACAAACUCUCCCAGUUACUUCUUUCCCAAGACUGGUCCUGCAGUUUCAGCAGUUUCCGACUAGGAGCCAGCCCCAGCCCCUGCCCUCACAUCUCUGGGCAUGAAGCUGCCAGCACCUUCGUAACCAAGCUCAAUGUCAACACACACACACACACACACACACACACACACACACACACAUACACACCAGCAUCUCUAUCCUAGUCUCACUAGACUUCUAGACUUCUGAAUAUUCACAUUUACUUUUAAGGGAUGUGGUAAGGAGGUGUAGUAACACAGUCUCUUCCCUCCUCUGUCCCUCCUUCCAUCAGGUCAAAGGUCUUCUAUCCUCAAACCCCAACAGCAGUCAUCACCCAGGGCCAGCAUAUGGGUGAGGGGGCACCCCCUGGGGCCUGAGCUGCCCCGCACAGGAUGCCCCGUGCCCCCUACUUCAUGCCCUUGCUGCUCCUGCUGCUGCUGCUCUCACUUCCCCACACCCAGGCCUCCUUUCCCCGGGAUCCCCUCCCUCUGCUGAUCUCUGACCUGCAAGGUACUUCCCCAUUAUCCUGGUUCCGGGGCCUGGAGGAUGAUGCUGUGGUUGCAGAACUUGGGCUGGACUUCCAGAAAUUUCUGACCUUGAACCGGACCUUGCUAGUGGCUGCCCGGGAUCAUGUUUUCUCCUUCGAUCUACAAGCUCAAGAAGAAGGGGAGGGACUGGUGCCCAACAAGUAUCUCACAUGGAGGAGCCAGGACAUGGAGAACUGCGCUGUGCGGGGGAAGCUGACGGACGAGUGCUACAACUACAUCCGUGUUCUCGUUCCCUCGGACUCGCAGACACUCCUUGCUUGUGGAACAAACUCAUUCAGCCCCGUGUGCCGCAGUUAUGGGAUAACUUCGCUGCAGCAGGAGGGUGAAGAGCUGAGUGGGCAGGCUCGAUGCCCCUUUGAUGCCACCCAGUCCAACGUAGCUGUCUUUGCAGAGGGCAGCCUGUAUUCAGCCACAGCUGCAGAUUUCCAGGCCAGUGACGCUGUAGUUUACAGAAGCCUUGGCCCUCAGCCCCCACUCCGCUCAGCCAAGUACGACUCCAAGUGGCUCCGAGAGCCACACUUUGUCCAUGCCUUGGAGCAUGGAGACCACGUCUACUUCUUCUUCCGAGAGGUCUCCGUGGAGGACACCCGGCUGGGGAGGGUACAGUUCUCCCGUGUGGCCCGUGUGUGUAAGCGUGACAUGGGCGGCUCACCGCGGGCCUUGGACCGUCAUUGGACAUCCUUCCUGAAGCUUCGGCUCAACUGCUCUGUCCCUGGGGAUGCCGCCUUCUAUUUUGACGUCUUACAGGCCUUGACUGGGCCUGUGAACUUGUAUGGCCGCCCUGCUCUCUUUGGGGUCUUCAGCACCCAGACCAAUAGCAUCCCUGGCUCUGCAGUCUGUGCCUUCUACCUGGAUGAUAUUGAACGUGGGUUUGAGGGCAAGUUCAAGGAGCAGAGGAGUUCGGAUGGGGCCUGGACCCCUGUGUCUGAGGACAGGGUCCCCUCCCCCAGGCCAGGAUCCUGUGCAGGAGUGGGUGUAGCUGCCUUAUUCCCCUCUUCUCGAGAUCUCCCUGAUGAUGUCCUGACUUUCAUCAAGGCUCACCCACUGCUGGACCCCACUGUGCCACCUGCCACCCACCAGCCUCUCCUUACCCUCACCAGCAGGGCCCUACUGACCCAGGUAGCUGUGGAUGGCACGGCUGGUCCCUAUCGUAACACCACAGUCCUGUUCCUUGGCUCCAAUGAUGGAACAGUGCUGAAGGUGCUGCCCCCAGGGGGACAAUCUGGAGGACGUGAGCCCAUCCUGUUGGAAGAGAUCAAUGCCUACAGCCCCUCCCGGUGCAGUGGGAAGCGGGCGGCCCAAACAGCACGGCAGGUGAUAGGACUGGAGCUGGACACUGAAGGUCACAGGCUCUUUGUGGCUUUUUCUGGCUGCAUCAUCUACCUCCCUCUCAGCCGGUGUGCCCGGCAUGGAGCCUGUCGGAGUUUUCCCUAGGAGCUGUUUGGCUUCUCAGGACCCAUACUGUGGAUGGCAUAGCUCCAGGGGCUGUGUGGAUAUCAGGGG